GGGGAAAAAACGAAGUUGUUCCGGGUCAGAGGGGGGUAGGACCUGUGUACUCCAGCUGCGAAUACCCAUCAGCCCCCCCAGACCCGACGGCAGGGGUGGGGGGAAACUUCUGGGGACAUGGCAGAAAAAGGAGACGCAGAGCUGGAGGAAGCUGGCCAGGUGUUCCUGCUGAUGAAGAAAGAUUACCGAAUUUCUCGAAAUGUUCGUCUUGCUUGGUUUCUUUCACAUCUUCAUCAGCCCAUAUUGCCUGUUCCAGAAUCUGAGUUGAGCUUGCAUGACAAUGAGCUAGAAGUAGUGAGCAUUGUUUCUCAUGGUUGGCAACCCGAUGAUCCUAUUCAGCCUGGUCCAUUUCUUUUGGUGCCAUCCACAUCGGUCACUUUUCUGGCAAGACAGUAUCGUUUUGUUAUAGAGCUGGACCUCAGCCCUUCAACAGGAAUUGUGGAUGACUCAACUGGUGAAAUAAUUUUUGAUGAAAUCUUUCACUCCUUAUCACGUUGUCUUGUGGGCCUUCUGAGACCUUUUCGAAUUCCUGGAUCCAACACACUUUUUCGUCCUGAAAUAUUUGUUACUAUACAGGCAUAUUCUUCCAUCAUAGGACUUCAGAGCCAUCAGGUACUGGUUCAGGGCUGUCAACUAGAAGAACACAAGUUACAGAAAUUUCUGCAGCAGGUCUACCAUCAACUGGGGGCAUUUGAGAAUAAAGUUGCAGAGAUACUACAGCAGCAGCAUAGGUCACUCACUCAGGAUUGCCUUCUUCCGUAUGGAAAUCAGUCUGGACGUAAAAUUGGGGUUUCCAUGGUUACCGCCGAUAUUGGACUGGUUAGCAUGAUAAGACAAGGAAUACUAGCACUUCAGUUAUUACCAGCAAACUCUAGUGCAGGAAUUAUUGUUAUAACUGAUGGAGUAACCAGUGUCCCAGAUGUUGCAGUAUGUGAGACAUUGUUAAACCAACUACGCAGCAGUACCAUCGCAUGUUCUUUUGUGCAGGUUGGUGGGGUAUACUCCUAUGAUUGCAGCUUUGGUUAUGUUCCAAAUGUCGAGCUGAUGAAAUUUAUUGCUAUGGCAACUUUAGGCUCAUACUUAUCUUCCUGCCCUGAACUAGACACAGGAGUCUUGGACAUGAAUGUUUACCAUAAAGCUUUCCUUCUGUACUCUUUUCUGCGAACAGGGGAUGCAUUGAAUCCUGACUAUUACUGUGGUUCUCAACACAAACUGUUUAAUGAGCAUCUGGUCUCAGCAAGCAGUAAUCCUGCUUUAGCUCUGCGGCGCCGGAAACAUGUUGAGAAGGAGUUGCACGCUGACCUUGUGAGUGUGGUGUCUGUGAGGCUCAGAGAAGGAUACAACAUCCGUGAGAUUCGCAUAACUAAAGGUAUGCUGGAGGUGAAGUUGGUUCUUUUGUGGAAACAUAACAUGCGUGUGGAGUACUUAGCAGCAGCUUCAUGGCCCCUGGAUGCAUCCAAGCGCAACACAUUGGUAGAGGUUGUGAUGGAAGGAAGUUAUGACAUACUUCAUGAUAUCAGCUGUACGCUAAAGAAGCCCAUCACCAGCAUGUAUCGGACUAGCGUCAUCAGGCGCUUUUGGAAUACUCUUCAGAGUAUUAGUCAGACAGAUCAAAUGCUGGUUCACCUAAAAUCAUUUGACAGUGUUCCUGAACACUUCAAGAUCCCCGAGAGCACCAAAAAUGGAGUUCCUCUCUUUUACAUUCCUCCAGGAUCUACAACACCAGUGUUAUCUCUGCAGCACAAUGGUUCUGAUUCCAGCCAUUCCCAGUUUGCUGCCUAUUGGAAACCAAUCCUAUCAAUGGAUGCCAACUUCUGGCAACGCUGGCUGCAUGUGCAUCGCAUUGUGUUGCUUCUCGAGCAUGACAUGCCUCUUCCAAAACACAUUCACACCCCUGGAAAUAAUGGGAGAUAUAGCACUGUUUUAUGCCGUAUCUCUCACACUGCCCUCACUUCCCUUCUACGAGACUGGAGCAGCUUUGUGCUUGUGGAGGGAUAUUCGUACGUCAAAUUGAUGCUCAGUGAUGUUAAUCAUACACCAUCCUCAUUUUGCGUAGUCCGGAUAAUUUGGAAAGCCCCCUGCAUGGUUCUCCGACUGGGAUUUCCUCUAGGAACCCCAGCAAACAGCAGAAACCAGAUAGUGGAAGAGCUGAGGAGCUGGAUCCUUCAGCUUCGUUUUCCACACAGAGUGCAGAGUAAAGAAACUACGCCACGAGUUAAAAGGAAAAUGUUUGGCAUCAGCUCUCCAUCCAAGUCCCCACCACCACUUUUGCCAUCCCCUGCUUUUUCUGACCGGUCCUGCCUUGUACUUUUGCACAAGCCUCUAGAGAAGCUGCUUAUUAAAUAUGAUAAAUUGCCUAUGGAUUAUCGAACCCCAUUUAUCCUGAAUCUUGAGAGUUUGGCACAGCAUAACUCAGUGCCCGGACCCCUAACAGCUAAUCGGUCAGCCUCGUCUACUCUUGCUUCACUUUCCCGUUACUUCUAUCAACAGAGAUGGAUAUGGUGUGUUCAGUCAGGUCUCACAUCAUCUGUUCCUACUCCAGCAAUGGCACAGAUUCUGUCAACACUUACAGAGAUCCGCCUCUCAGAGGGAUUCCAUUUUGCUUCUACUGGAGAAGGCAUUAUUAACAUGGUUUUAGAAGUUCCAAUUCAGAGUGAUUCUGUAAGUGAAGGCAGUAUAGAAAAACACAGUUGUAUCAUCCAAUACAUCCUGUUUCCACCACACGUGACCUCUACAAAAGACAGUUUCUCAACUGAUGAGGAUAAUGACACUGAAGUGGAAGCUAUAGAACAGGACACAGAACUGCAUCUAGUUUCUGAGUGUUGGGUGGAGCCACAAAGUGGACGUGUAAUGGGUAGCAAUGGAUGCUGGAGACAUUUACAAGGGUUGACAUAUUCUGAAAUCCCCCAAGCAUUGUUUCCCAGAGAUCAAAGCUGCAUCAGUAUCAUGCUAACAUUUGAGUAUGUAAUUCAGCUUUGCCAGAAUAAAGAUGGUGGAUCUCCCAUCUUGGGAAAACCAGAGAGUACAGAUCAUGCAGAGAGUAGUGGACUGUGUAUACAUGAGGUGCCCUUUCACUUUGAUCUGAUGAAACUUCUUCCCAAAUGUCAACAGGUUGAGAUGCUAUAUCUCACCCUCAGCAGAGGUGAUACAGAGGAGACUACAUUGGAAGCUUCGCUUCCUAAUGAUAUGCUGCUCAGCCUUUUCCACAGCUGUUUGCUAAAUGAUAUCAAUGAUCGUGAGAUUCCUCUUUAUGAACAGGACCACUUGGCUUUCAUGGAGCAGGUUUUGCAGAGAGACCGCCAGGGUCAUCCAUCUCCAUUCUUACUCCCACAAGCAGAGGAACUGUUGAGCAGUACAUUGAUACCAGAGUCAUCUUUUUCACCUCAAGCCAGUAGCCAACAUGAGAUUUCCAACUCUACAAGCUCCUUACAGAGUCUGUGCCCCACAGAGUUAAAUAAGGAGAGCAGAAUUUCUUCUAGCACAGAGCCCUCUCCAAAAUGGCGAUGUUACGCUCGAUUGGUGAAUCCACAGCAUUUGUUGCUAACUUUUCUUCCUGCAACAUUCUCAGAUUUACAGAAACUGACAACAGCCCAUGAGCUCUCACAAUUGGCAGAGGGGAAUUCAGUGUGUAAUAACUCUCAGCAAGAAAGUGCUGCUUCAAGCACUGGAAUCCAACCAGGCAGCAUCCCAUGUGUGUUGGUACAAGACAAAGAGAAAAGGAGAGAACCUUACAAUUCCUUCAGUCGCCAGUCUUCCACUCAAGAUGCAAGUUCUAGUCGCAGACUACCCUGCCCGGUUUAUGUUUACAAUUGUCCUCUUGAGGCUCUUCGUGAGCAAUUAGUCAACGUUCGAAACCAACGACUCUCCUGUGAUGUGUUUUUCAGUGAGUUUAGGCUACAGGACUCUGUAUCCAGGGUGAUCUAUCAAGAAUUGAAAACCAGGUCUCAGUCACAAGAGCGACCAUCAGCAGCUCCCUUUAUACAGCUCAAGCAAAAGGAACUAGUUCACUACUGCAAUUUACUGCAGGAACAUUACCAUCAGUGCUAUGUAAAAGGCUUAUUCAAGGCCCUGCAACAAUCACUUUGCGUGUCACACCAAGAUCUACUAACUGCUGUGGAUUAUUGUGAGGAGCAACUGCAGGAAAUAGAUAUCACAAACUUUCUAAUGACACUUUGUGGACAUCUCCGUAAUUUCCGCGAGUCGCUCACAGUGAGCAGCACCUCGCUUAAUGGUCAACGGCAAAAACCUAGUUUCCGUAUUGGUAGCUUAGAGCAGGAGGAGGAAAUGGGUAACAGAAACACAGCCAUCCAGCCCUCGGAUUCCAGUGUGGAUAUGGAAGAAGGCAGUGAACCGGAAUCAAAGGCCUGUGCUGUGGAACCCAGCAACAGUAUGAGUGCUGAAUUUCAUCUGACCCUUCUAGAGACUGGCGAUCCAUGUGACGUUUCUUCUGGUCUUCACCUGGCUAUUCAGGAUAAGUUUCUUGCAAUUGAAAGUCUUCAUUUUAAGACUGUUCCAUCCAACCCACAUUAUUUUUUCUACUGCCCUUCAUCUCCAAAGAAAGAGGAGGAUUUCCUUGUUGAAAAAACUGAUAGAAAGCCCAGCGAGGACAUAGAGGUUUCAGAGGCAGAGCAGGCAGUUGAAGAAAGUAAUACAUCAAUGGAAGGUAUAACAACAGAGAGUGACCCAGACCUGGAAGUUGAGUAUCGAGAGCAUUCUGAUAAUGCAGACUCAAUGUCUGAAUCAGAGACCGUGAACCAAGACGAGGACUCUUUUAGUGUUCUAGGAGGAGAGUCACUGAAUGGACAAGAUGUCUCUGAGCAUGAGAUGCCUCCUCUUUUUUUGCACCUCAUAUGCUCAGUGUCUCACAAAAACCAGCAUGGAUCUAUGCCUGUUUUGACACUACCCACAUGUCUAGGUGAAGUUAUAAGCUGUCUUGAGAACAGAGAAUCACUUAAGAGCAUUGCCUUGGAAGAUCUAAAUGUGAUGCUGGAUAUUUAUGUGCUUACAUUACCACUUGAGUUUGAUGGAGUUAAUGAAGAAUCACAGCACACUCGGUACACCUCAGAGAGCAGUGUGUCCUUUCCACGCUCCCCCGGGCAGCCAUCUUCAUAUCGUUCUGAUGAGGAGAUGCCUCCUGCACUUGAGCGCUUUCCUUCCAAUGUGGAUCAAAGAUACUCUGCCCUCUCCAGGCUUCCUGUAGAACACCGGCAGGCAAUUGAGGUUACAAUGAAUGAGAUCCGAUGGCUUCUUGAGGACGAGCUGGUGUCUGCCCUUCGUCAUUCACGUGUCAUCAGUAGGUCUGUCUUGAAGAAAGUUGUUUCUCAUAUCUGUGAGUCAGAGGGAAGGCCACAUUGCUACAGAGAACUUGUGCAGCUUCAGUUUGUCUUUGGACCAGAACAUUCCCUACAGAAGUUUAAAGAGGAAUUCCGUCAUAUCUCUAUUCCUGGAUACCAGCUUAAUGAGGAAGAAGAAGACUAUUAUUAUGUUUCAUUAAGUCGUCUUCAUGCUCAUCUUGUUGAAAACACUACCUCUGGAAAUGCUACUACUCAGGCUGAGACAGCCUCUACUGACAGGAAGCAAUGGCAGGACCCUGAAGCCAGCACAGCUACUGAAAGUGUGGAGGAAGACAUUGGACCAAAAAUACAAUACAAGGAAUGUCAUGCAGAAGAUAAGAUAUCUGAGCCCUCUGCUGAAUGGGGAAUGACAACCUUGGAUGUCUCUGAAAGUGACGUGUCUUCAGAGGUAUCUGGAGUUUUUACCCUGGAACAGGGUAACAGAAUUCAAGUGGAAGCUUCUCCCAGUGAAAGAGUGCCUACACCACCCAAAACAUCAUCUAGUGUCAGUCUCCCUGAGUCUGUGCAGUCUGGCAACAUGAACAGUACAGCAUCCCGCCAAAGACCCAGCCGUGUCCAGAGUUUAGUCUCAAGUCAUGGCAGUAUAGAAUCUGAUCACCUGGGAUACGACGGUGGAAGCAGUGACUCAGAAUGUGAGGAUGCGCUAAUAAGUGAGCAGGAUUCACGUUGCCCAUUGAUGCCAUAUUUUUGGCUCAUUGUGAAGAUUCACCAGGACAGAAUUGAAGUCUGUACUCAUGCCAGUACUGACCCUGCUCCAGAAGGGGGGGAGGAAAUAAGAGAAAGCUUACGUCUGCAUCAGUUUGUGGUGAGGAAAGUAGGAGAAAUCUGUCGGGUUGUUAACCAGCGAUUGCUGCUGCAGGAUCUCCAUGAUACCCAUUUGUGCAACACUCUGUUGGUUGCCGAGAGUGAAGAGGACAUUUGGAAGAGUGAAAGCCCUUAUGCCACUUAUCGACGUACCCUUGUUAAUGAAGCAGAUUACAGUGGGGAAGAUAGCUACCAGCCAAGAGAUUAUCUUGCAGCCACCAUGCACUUUAUUCCUGGACAUUUUGCUUGUGAUGUGGUGUGGAGCACAGUCAUCCAAAUUCAUCCGCGUCUCAAGAUGGGACCCAGUAUGGGUGUAUCCAGAGCUAUUCAGUCAUUGCGUUCUGUGCUAAGCGCCUUCUCUGUUGGGAACAGGAAAAAUAUGUUUGUUUACCAGGAACGGUCCACAAAGUCUGUCUUUUACCUUAGACUUACUGAGACUUCCUGCAAUGGAAGAUUGUGGGAUCAAGAUUUAUCUCAGUCAAUGAUGUCUCGCUCAUUGGGGCUUUAUCGUAGUCAGGAACCCAUCUCUGAUGAUAUCAUGGGUAGCCGUAUGUCCUUGGACAUGCAAUCUUCUAGAAGUUCCGACUCUUCACGUCCAGUUGGACAGACAGACAAACAAAUAUUGCUGCUAGUUCAUGGAGUUGGGGAAGCAGGUUCGGAGAUUACUGAUGAUCUUGUGAAAGUUUUGAGAAAGCGUCUUGAUGAAACAACCUUAGAUAUUAUUACAGUAAUGCUUCAGAGGAAUUGCAAGCUUACUCCAGCAGAUGUAGAGUUUAUUCAGCCCAGGGGAACACCACCUACUGAAGUUAUUCAGUUUACAAUUCCAAAGUCUUCUUUACCAUGUCUUCAAGCAAUGGCAUACUAUCUGCGACAAAACCUACUUAUUUUCCUGCAUACCCCAAAAUACACAGACAGUAAUGGGGAACAUCAUUUCCAGCAUUACUAUCACAGCUCACUCCCUGAACUGGACCUUUUCUUGUAUAAUAAACCUGGGGGACAAGGCACUGGUGGAAAAGGCAUUGCCUGCAUUGCUCUUUCUUUUGUGGAUCAACAUGGGACCUUGGUAACACAAGCAUAUGGGGAGAGGACAGGGCCACCUAUAAUGUUCUCAGCUACAGCUCCUCACCUACUUAGUCCAGACAAAUUCGAGUCUCUUACUGAUGUCAACAGAUUUUAUCAUGAAUCCUCUAGUGCCCUCUCAGAAACCCUUAUAUUGGUUCGAUUUGAUGUUUGGGAAAAGGGAAACAUCAGCUCAUUACAGUUAUCAGAGCGUCUAGGCAACUCUUUGCGUCAUGCACUCUGUGAUGUCAUCAUCGAGUUCCACAUCCUGCAGCUGCCUCUUUGCAUUGACUCAAUAAGCCUAGAAGGUCAUGAUGCUGCUAAAAAUGGAAAAGGUCCAUCCCAGUCAAUGCCAGAAAUGAAAGUUCUGAUGCAAUCAUCUAGCAAGUCUCGUCCCUCUCCUAUAAGCAUCCCUUCCUCUGUUUCACCUGGCAGCACAGAUCCAUGCACGCCUCCCAGUAAAACUGGGCGCAGGAGUUUCUGGGAUAUGCUGAGUAAAUCAGACACUGGGGAGCUGGGGCCGCCAAAAACAACUGAUGAUAUUGUUAGUGAACGCACAGAAGAGCCACGAACUCGAAGGAGGCACAAGACAGAAAGCCUUAAAGUGCAAGCCUUUACUGACAGACAUGGCAUAGGAGUGGAACAUGCGCAGAGAAAACGGCAGUUACAGCUAGAAGAAGGGGAAAUAGGAUCUCUGCAUCCCUUGUACAGUCAUACCUGUUUACAGUGGAUGAACUUCAUGAAUCAGCUAGGAUGUCCAUCCAUACAGCUUUGCUCAGCACAGACUGUUUCACGCUUUCUCCUUCCAUCUGUUCUUUUGGAACUCUUCAGUAUUAUCACAUCCUUGGCCAGUGACACCAGUGUGAGGGUCUUUGAAAAACUUAUUGGCUCUGAAGGACCUGUGUUUGUGCCAUAUUCCCCGACUCAGCACAGCUCACCACGCCCUGCAUCCGCCCGAGAACUCAUUCUGUUGGGGCGUAACUUCCAUCAGUGGAGGUACAACACUGAGCAAGUGUAUACAAGUGAUGAUGAUGUUGGUGAUGAUAAUGAUGAUGAGGGAAUCAAGAUGAAAAAGUCACAAAAAGGUUUCCAGCGUUUUGAGGCCAUGGAACUUGGCACUUCAGAAAGACCUGUGGAACUUUCAACUUCAGGGAGUGGUUUAGUCCCCAGACAACGGUUCCUUUUAAUUGAGAUCCAAGACAAAAAGUUGAACCUGUACACAUAUAACUGGUCUCCUGAUUUGGGUGCUUCUCUGAGUCGUUCUCUAGUACGCCUGAUUCAGUGGCAGAAUGCCCGAGCUCAUGUUGUGCACUGUCUGCUAAACCAGAAACUUGGGCUUUUCCAUCACUACUGCUUCUCAGAUACACCUUGGCAUGAAGACAGCAAGCAGGAUCCAAAUCCUUUCUUAAACUCGACACUAGAAGUGGAUGCACUUGUCCGAAGUUCCACACCGCCACCAUACAAAGAGCAGACAAGACUGGGCACAGCAGGGCGUAGUCUGCCAUCCUUGCAUUUUCCUCCAGACAUGGUGCCUUUUGAUGAAGUUCUUAGGGAUGUCAUGCCAACAAAACCUAUACAUCUUUUAUCUGAGGUGGACACUGUGUCCAGACAUGGAGCUCAAUUUCUGGAAAUCAAAAGCACUGAAAGGAAAGAGGUAGAAAAGCAGGUCAAAAUUGAAAAUCUGUUUGUGACAUGGCAGCAGAGAUCCGCACAAUCCAACAUGCCAAUCAGUGCAACAGAUUUGGAUACUCUGAAGCAAUCAGCCCGACUAGUUCAUUACUGUGCCACUCCACUUCUAUUUGAUCCUUCUUUUCAAGCACAAAUACACAAUGAUCAGGGCUGGAGCGAAGGCAAGAAGCGGCAUCGGUCCAAUGAUUCUGGCACAUCGGGGAGAGAUCGUAGUCACAGUUGUGACUCAGCGGAAAUGCCACCAAGCAAAGCAAAGGAAGAUCCAUGGCUCCAAGAGUUGUGCACUGCAUUCAUGCAGCAAUACAUACAGUAUCUUCAAAGCACUGGCUUCAUUCUGGUACAGUUACGUCCUGCAUCUCCUGCCCGCAGCACUGCUCGGAUUAGAGCACUGGCAUCACUAGUCCCUGAGAGCAGAGCUGCAAAGCCAAAGAAUGAGGGUAGUCCCAAGAGUGGAAGUUCUACAGUGACCACUUAUCACCUGCAGAGGGCGCUGCCUGGUGGCAUUGUACUAAUGGAGCUCUCAUUCCAGGGCUGCUAUUUUUGUGUGAAGCAAUAUGCCCUAGAAUGCUCCCGCAUACCUAUGGGCCAGUCUGUUAAUUCUCAGCUUUCAAUGCUGUUUACAGAAGAGUGUGAUAAAGUUCGGGACCUGAUGCAUGUUCAUUCAUUCAGCUAUGACUUCCACCUAAGAGUUGUACAUCAGUAUUUGCUGGGCUCCAGCAUGUCCCUCCGUCAGGGCUAUGAUCUUGCAAGUUUUCUUCAACUCUUCAUCUCCCAGCAUCCAGAUAUCCCAAAGUAUGGACGCAACCAUGUGUAUCAAGGAACAUUGUCUGUACCUACAGGGAUGAUUGCUGCUCAUCAACUGUACAACUACAUAGCAGAUCAUGCAAGGACUUAUCACAUGAAACCACUACGCAUGAUUAGACCAUCAACUCCUGCAAACCAUGGAAAGAAAUGUGCUACAGGAGAUCAGAAUGAGUAUGGACUAGUGUCCAUCUGGAACAGCUCGGGGUCAUAUAUAGAUUCAGAGGGACUCCGUCAUCACGACGACUUUGAUGUGUCACUUCUGGUGUGCCACAAUGCUGUGCCCUUUGAGGAGCAAUCUGAACAAGAGAGACAAACACUGAGAUUGCAAUUUUACAUCAUUAUGACCAGCCAGAGGGAACUAUUCCCACGUCUUACAGCAGACAUGAGGCGCUUCCGAAAACCACCUAGGCUACAGAGGGAUGCCCAGGAGCUUGAUGGUGUCCAAGAACUUGGAAAAUGCCAAAGAAUGGAGAUGGAGAAUAUAGAAGAUACCAUAGAACAAAACAGAAUAGCUGCGGGAAGCUUUUAUAACCCCCACCUGUUUCCAUUGCUAGCCUCAGAAGUUGCCACAGCUCAGAGGCAAUUGGUUGACAUGGUGCAACUCGCAAAAUGUCAUUGCCGCAGGGAUAACUUGUGGAAACGACUUUAUCUUUUGGAACCACUUGCUUCAGAUAAACUGAAAUUAGGUAAACUUAGCUCUAAUGAACUGCAAGAACUGUUGGAAGCUGUGCAUGGAAGGAGUGUGGCUGAAAUUGACCCACAGCUGGAUUUCCUUUUAUCAAUGAGUGUUCAGUGGUAUCAGAGCCUUAUUAAAGUUCUUCUCAGUAGAUUUCCCCAGAGCUGCCGACAUUUCCAUAGUCCAGACACUGGCACCCAGUAUUUGGUGGUACUUAAUCAGAAGUUCACAGACUGCUUUGUGCUGGUGUUCCUGGACUCCCAUUCUAGUAAAACUAGCUUAAAGGUUGUGUUCAGAGAACCAUUUCCAGAGCAGCCGCAGAACAGCGAGAGCCCAUUACCUCAGCUGGUUUCAACUUACCACCACCUGGAGUCUGUUAUUAACACUGCUUGCUUCAAUCUAUGGAGUGGCUUGCUUUGACAGCAGGGUGCUGCCUGGUUUACUCUUACCCCAAAUAAAUGUGAAAAACUCAAUAGCAGCUUGCAUAUCGGAAAAGUAACCGAGAACGUCAGAAUUAUUUCCUUGACAUUUAAUGGAAGCACAUGGCAGAAACAAGACAUGAGAUAAAUGAGAACCAAUCAGGCAAAUCAGUGCCCUUCACACAAUAAUGGAACCUUGUGUGUAGCAAAUUAUUACAUGGAUGUCGGCUCUGGAGGAGCAACCUCUUCCCUCCAAAAAUGUAAUGCUUUAAUAACAAGCAUCUGAGCAAAUACCAAAUCUUGCAUCUGGGUUUGCUACUGUUGGAAUGAAAACUAAAGCCAGCAAAAGUAAGAAAGAAGCCACUUUUAAGAUGCAAGGUUUUAUGUAAAUGACUUGUAAAUGUGAGAUCAUAAUUAUUGAAUAAAAGCUUUUGAAUUUGUA